GUCUGAAACGAAGUGAAAUCGGCGCCACAUCCCCAUCCCCAUCUGCUCUGCCGCCGCCGGCGCUCCACAUCCGAUGGCUCCUCCCCGCAUCCUCUCCAGCUCCAGCUUCCUCGCCCAAGCCCCAGCCCCAGCCCCUCCCCUUCCGCUCGCCGCUUCCUCCUCUUCCGUCUCCUCCUCCGGAUUCAUGGGGUGCGCAGCACAAGGAGGCUGUUGCAGCCGCCUCCGGGAGAAGCAACGGCGACGGCGGCAAGCGCAAGGGUGCAAGAGGACGUGUUUGCUCAAGCGAUUUCCACGACAAGCAGCCAUGGCUCCCUGGUCACUUGGUGCAUGCGGCGAUUUGUGCGCUUUUCUUUAGAGCAAUCGCUGCAAGCAAAGGCUUCUCGAUCUACGCUCAGCUCAUGCUCCCUAUUGCAGUGCUCAAUCCGUUUUAGAUCUUCACCAGUACGAGCAGCAGGACCCAACAUCCAUCCAUCUUGAAGUUAAUAUUGGAUCCCCUCUGUUUAGCUGGCUUUGCUUACAUCAAUCGAUAAAGCAAAAAGCAGCAAAAAUGGCGAUGGUCCUGGAUGCUUUUGCAUCCUACGUGCAAAAUAUGCUCACCGAGAUGGUGAGCGGAGAGGUGCACAUGCUGCUAGGAGUCACAGACGAGAUCGAGAAGAUGGACGUUAAGCUUAAGGACCUCAAGAACUUCCUUGCCGACGCUGAUAGGAGAAAUAUCACUGACAACAGAGUGCAAGAGUGGGUGGCCGAGCUCAAGCGUGCCAUGUAUGAAGCUGCCGACAUCCUCGACCUCUGCCAGCUCAAGGCCAUGGAGCAGGGUCUGUCCACUAAAGAUGUGGGGUGCUUCAACCCCUUGCUCUUCUGCAUGCGGAAUCCCUCCCAUGCCCACGACAUCGGCACCCGUAUCAAGGCGCUCAACAAGAGGCUCAGCAUCAUCAAGGAGCGAAGCGCUGCUUUUAGCUUCAUCCCUCUUGGUUCCUAUGAGGAUCGUAGCAGCAAGGUGCAAGCCUCUCAUUCUGGAAAUAAGAGACGCGAGACAUCAGGGGUGUUUGACCGGUCAGGUGUAGUCGGAGAGAAGAUCGAACAAGACACAAGAAAGCUGGUUGAGAUUAUGCUGAGUGAAAAGGAGGGCAACACCAACAUCAUGCUGGUCGCUGUUGUUGGUGUCGGCGGAAUCGGCAAGACCACUCUUGCCCAGAAGGUCUUUAAUGAUGAAGCCUUGAAUUCGGAGUUCGAGAAGAUGAUAUGGUUGAGCAUCAAUAAGGACUUCGACAAGGUUGAGUUGCUCAGGACAAUCAUCACACAAGCCGGGGGAGUACAUGGUGGUGAAAAGGCGUUGGCUGUGCUUCAGCCAAUCCUUGCCACUACCUUGAAAGGGAAAAAGCUAUUCCUGGUGCUAGAUGAUGUUUGGAACCAUGAAGCAUGGGAUGAUGUGCUUAAAGCACCCUUGGCUAAUGUCGUGGCUCGAGGUAGCCGAGUCCUUGUCACUACUAGAGAUGAAAGAGUAGCUCGAGGGAUGAAAGCUGUGCUUCCAUACCACCAUGUCGACAAGUUGGAGGAGGAGGAUGCCUGGUUAUUGCUCAAGAAACAGGUAGUCUCAAGUGAGGCAGAUGCGCGUGAAAUUGAUAUUCUCAAGGACAUUGGGUUGCAAAUUAUAGCAAAAUGUGAUGGUUUGCCUCUUGCUGUGAAAGUAAUGGGAGGACUCUUGUGUCAGAAAGACAAAAAAUAUCAUGCGUGGGAGAUGGUUCUGCAUGACUCCAUAUGGUCGGUAUCUGAAAUGCCUGAAGAGUUAAACCAUGCAGUACAUUUAAGCUAUGAAGAUUUGCCGCCUUGUAUCAAACAAUGCUUUUUGUACUACUGCCUUCUCCCUAAAACUGCAUUGUUCUUUCGGCAUAACAUCAUUGGCAUGUGGAUCAGUGAAGGAUUUCUUCACAGCUCAGAAGACUUGGAAGAAUUAGGAAGGGAGUACUAUAAGGAGUUGAUAUUGAGGAACCUGAUAGAGCCAAGCACAGAGUACACGGAUCAAGUUGCGUGCAACAUACAUGAUGUUGUUCGCUCGUUUGGUCAAUUUGUGGCUAGAGAUGAGGCACUAGCAGCCCACAGUGGAGAAACUAGUUUUGUUAGCAAGCUUAAAGAACAAAAAAUUCUUCGGUUAUCUCUAGAAAGCCAAGCAUCAGAAUCAGAUGGGAUAGACUGGAGUUCCUUACAAGCACAACAGACAUUGAGAACACUAAUAUCAGUUGGCCACAUAAAUAUGAAGCCUGGUGAUUCUUUGGUUCAUUUUCCAUGCCUACGUACUUUUGAUAUAAAAUCUGCACAUCUUGUAGCAUUGCUUGAAUCUUUACAUAAACUCAAGCACUUGAGGUAUUUGUCCUUAGAAGAAACGGAUAUUCCCAGUCUACCAGAUUGCAUUGGAAAGAUGAAAUUCUUGCAGUACAUUAGCCUUAAAGGAUGCAAAGAAAUUGUGCAAGUUCCACAUAGCAUUGUAAUGUUAGAGCAGCUAAGGUAUCUCGACUUCAGGGGAACAAAUAUAACUGACAUACCUAUGGGGUUCAGUGUUUUAACAAACUUGAGGAUAGUACGUGGUUUUCCGGCCCAUGAGGAUGGUGAUUGCUGCAGUUUGGAAGAAUUGGGUCCUCUUUCUCGGCUCAAAGAUCUUGGAAUAAAUAGAUUAGAGAAGGUAACUGCUUCCUUGUCCGCAGCAAAGGCAAAGCUUGGCAAGAAGGUUCAUCUUGCCAAGCUAUUCUUAGGUUGUAGUAGUAAACUGGGAAACGAUGGACUGAUUAAAUUUGAAGAUAGCCAACGAAUCGAGCAGGUGUUUGAUGAGCUCUGCCCUCCGCCCAGGUUAGAAUAUCUUGAGAUCGGUGGAUACUUUGGCCGAUGGCUCCCAAGGUGGAUGAUGUCUUCAUCAGUUAUGCCCCUCAAGAACUUGAGGAUUCUGUUCAUUCAAGACCUGGCUUGCUGCACACAGCUUCCUGAUGGCAUGUGUCAGCUCCCCUAUUUGGAGUUCAUUAAGAUCUUCAGUGCUCCAGCCAUCAAGCGUGUUGGACCAGAAUUCAUGCAGCCCUACCAUCAGCACAGUCCUCGUCCUUCCCAGAUGGUGGCAGCAUUUCCAAGAUUGCAUGAGUUCUAUUUAAUAGGGAUGGUGGAAUGGGAGGAGUGGGAGUGGGAGGAGCAAGUGCGAGCCUUUCCUGUCUUGCAGCGUCUUAUGCUAAGCCGCUGCAAAUUGAAGUGUCUUCCUCCUGGACUUGCCUCCCAGGCAAGGGCUUUGAAUAAAUUGUCCAUAUACCAUGUCCAGGGUCUCAUCUCUCUAGAGAACUUUCCCUCUCUGGUUGAGCUGGAUCUGGAUCAAGUCCUUGACCUGGAGAUGAUCGCUAAUCUUCCAAGACUGCAGAAGCUUACCAUCAAAUACUGCCAAAAGAUGAAGGCGGUGGAAGGUGUUCCUCUGCUCCAGAGGCUCUUUCUCUCGGAUAACAACAUGGAAACAAUCCCAGAAUACAUGGGAGGUAUAAACCCAAGGCAGUUGGAGCUAUACUGCAGCCCAGCGCUGCUAGCUUCCAUAGCUGUGGGAAAAUCUGGCCCUGAGUGGGACAAGUUCAGCCAUGUUGAACAUGUCAAGACGUAUGCAAGUCAAGGAGAUAAUUCAAGGAAAUGGUAUGUUUUCUACACAGCUAAACCCUACAGCUUGGAGACAAAUGUCAGCGUCUCAUUCGUGUCCAAAGGAACCUUAACUUCUUUUGAGGACACACAGAGAUUUGAGUCUGUCUUCAAAAUGACAAGAAAAACCUUUAGCUACAUCUGCAGUUUGGUGAUGGGGCCAUCAAUGAAAGAUAUGAACAGGUACACCUUUGUUGACGGGAGGGUACUGUCUUUAGAAGAUUGGGUAGCCGUUGCUCUGAAAAGGUUGCAAUCUAGUGAGCCAACAGAGAUCAUAGGAUCUUCUUCUGGUGUUAACGAGUCAACCAUCUUGUUGGUAACUGAGAGGUUUGUUGCUAACUUGCUCAAGCGAGAAAAUUUCUGGCGCUGGCUAGGGUCCAGAGCAACGGAUAAGAUCAAAUCCAUGUUUGGCAAGAUCCACAAUAUGCAUAACUGUUGUGGUGUUAUAUGCACAACUCAUGUCCCAUUUGUAGCAAAGUGCGACCAUGAGAAGAAACAGAGCACUCAGAUGCAAGUCGUGGUUGAUCCAGGAAUGAGGUUCAUGAAGUACAAGGUAGAUAGCAUGAACCAGUCGACCCUUUUGCAGGAUUCUGAAAUCUUCGAGUGGGCUAAGAUGGGCAUUUGGCUGAAUGGCAACAAGCUGAAGGUAUCAGUAGAUGGAUCAGAAAUUGGGGAAUACAUAAUUGGCGAUGAAGGAUACCCUCUUCUCCCAUGGCUAUUCACACCUUACCAGGAAGAAGACCUCUCAGAUUCCAAGGUGGAGUUCAAUCGGAGACACUCUGCAACGACAACCUGUGCGUUGAAGGCGAUGGCUAGGUUCAAAGGCACAUGGAAGUACCUGCAAGAAGAGACGUGGUGGCCGGUCAAUCCCGACAGUGUAGUUAAGAUAAUCCGUGCCUGCUGCAUGCUGCACAACAUAGUCAUAGAUAUGGAGGAUGAUGCAGCCAUGCCGAGGUCUACAUCUGAGGAUUGGGACUACUGUGAGGAAGUGCGCCAGUUACAAAAUGAGGACGCUGUCUGGGCAAGGGAUAUGCUGUCGCAAUACUUCUUGACCACCAUGUCAUCCAAAUCAGGAGUCGGCCCGGUGGAUGUAGAGGAGAACGAUGAAGUAUCUGCAACAGGCUCAGGGGAUGAAAGCAGGGAACAAGAAGCAGAGACAACAACAGCAGAGGAAGAGAGACAAUGUUAGGUACAUUUUCCCGCUUCAUUCUGUUAGGUGAAAGGGAAGCCGGCAUCGAUCCUGCUGGUUGGAGCUUUAGGAUGCAUGAAUCCAGAGAAGCCCUAGCAAUGGAGCCAGAGACUAACUUGAUGCUGCAGCAGGAAUUGAAGACAAGUACCUAGCAAUGGAACCAGAGACAAACUUGAUGCUGCAGCAGGAAUGUUUUCUUAAGUUUGGUCAUCUAUCUAUUAGGCAAAGACAAGUACUAUUAUGUAGUCUGUACUUUAUGUGUGUGCAGUAAGCUUUAACUGAGAAUGUGGCUAGCUGCUUGGACACUAUCUGUAGUUUUCAUCCAUCAGUUGAUGCAAACUGACAAUGUGUGUGUUUGGGCCAGUAGUUUUAUCCAAUGCAAGGCCAUGUGUUGAAUUC